GGGGCGUGGCGAGGUCAGGGAGAGAGUACAGUAAUGUACAAUGCGAGAGUGUGUGCGUGCGAGAGGCUGCAAUGGUAUGGGUGUGUAAUGGCAGCAGCAGCAGCAACAGCAACAGCAACCAGCAGCGUUUGUUCGCUCAUUUAUAUUUUGAGUGUUCGUCGCGACGCAAGUGAAAAAAAGUGUCUUUCGGUCCGUUUUGAAAACCACGUUAAACGGGUCGAUUUGGCGGGGAUAGAGCCCGAAAAGCCACUACCGGAGCCUCACAUACGGCGGAGUCGGUGUCCCCAGCCCCCCGGCCAGGAAUUCCAGGUGGAAAACACGAUUUCUCGGUUUCCUCCAAAAACGUAGCAUAACGAGUGCGGACAGCGUCAAAGAAGAAAGCAAAUGUGAGAUUGGGGAUCGCGCUCUCUCUCUCCUUCAGUUUGUUAUUAUUUGUUUCGCACGCUCUCCCGUUUCAUUGUGCGCGGCGCGCGAUCAUUUACGAAUCAGUGUGGGCAAAAAGUAGUCCGAAUCUGUGGACUGAAGGUGAUCCAGGCCGCCUUCCGACCCCCUCGUGAAACACACUCCCACUGCCUGCGUCGAGCAGGAUGCUGAGCUCGCAGAUCUGAGCCCGGCGAUAAGGAUAGCAUAAGGACCUACCUGUGCUGCUGGAACCGCGACAUGGAGAACGAGUUCGAGCACCUGUGCCGCAUAUGCGCGGCCAACACCAAGAGCAAGACCAACUCCGUGGUGGAGAGCGUCUUCAUCUUCAAGACCCAGGGCCUGAGGGACAAGAUUUCGCGGCACCUCUACCUGAACGUGGCCGAGGACGACCCCCUGCCGAAGGUGCUCUGCAAAGCCUGCUACCGGCAGGUAGAAGCCACUGCCUCCCUCUCAAACAUCGCCAAGCACACACAGGUUGUAUUCCGCGACUUUCUGCUCAGCACGCUGCCCAAGAAUGCCCGCGAAGCAGCCGCCGCUCAUCUCACUGCUCCGCCACCUCCCACCCAGAUUCCCCUGCCAAUUGCACGCACGGAAGAUAAGCCACCGGCAUCCGAUGAAUUUCGGCCGAUUGUACUGACCCGGAUCCCGGAUAAAACCACCAUCACGGUGGCCAAGACUGCGGCGCCAAAUCCGCCACGGAACGAGCUUGCCGACAAAAGCAGAGAGGUCUCUCGGGACAUUUUGUCGUUAAACAUUGACAAUAGCGGACCUCCGCAGGACAAGGAGGUGCCAGCACGACGCAACAGCGUCUUUUCUGACGUUCGAUACAAAUCUACCCCGAUGUCGAUCGCACAGCGAUCCAUGAAGAAUCCGCCCUCACUGGUGCCGCUCCACUCCGAAAUAUCCAUCACCAGUGCGCCUAAAAUAAGUCCGGAGAAGAGGCCCACGCCCGCAGGCGUGAUCAACUUUAUUCAGACUCACGGACGCAUCACGGGCAAUGUGGCCGGGACCAGCCAGGAGGCCCCAACCCAGCAGCCACCUCCUGUUCCCGCCCUGGCGAAGGUGAGCAACCCUGGACUGCCUGGCAACAAGCUACCCAGCAACGUCCUCCAGCAGAAGCGUAGGAAUCUUAAGUACACCGUGAACAACAUCAAAGCCAUCCAGAGCGGACAGGUCUCGCUGCUGAAGUCGGCGCAGGUUCGAGGGCCAGCGGAGGAAACAAGACCCUAUGUGACCACCACUCUGGUGCCCAAGCAGGCCCUGUUCGGAUGUGAGCCUUCGGUGGAGGAGGUGCUGCCGGAGCACAUGAUAUUUGCCGCGCCCAAGAAGAAGAGGGACGAUGACGAUGUGAUUCUGCAGAGCGGGCCCCCGAAACUAGCGAAAAUCAUGCCAAUUCCAAGCAAGCCGACGUCGGCUGCUCACCAAGCUGCAGGUCCCUCGAACGCGUCGAGCCAUGUUAAGAGUCUCACAGAGGCCAUUUCGCUGGGCAGCGUCAUCCGGGACCCCGACCUGUUGAAGCUCAUCCUGAAGGCUCUGAAGUGGCCGGUUUCGGCCGGGAACUGCGAGAAUCAGAUGAAUCGUUUGAAGAACUCAAAGUUCGCGGUCAUCAUGUCGGACAACAACCUCUUGCAGGACACAGAUCUCACGCAGCUGCUGGGGCCCUACUUGGCUCCCAUGCUAGCGGUUACCCAGCAGCAGGAAAAGCAGUCGCCGCCGCCACUCGUAGCGUCCUCUUUCUCUGGCUCGAGCAGCUCUGGGCAUGGCCCGAUGGAUGUACUCAACAUGACCGACCUGUCGAGAGCGAUGCCCUACAAGCUUCCGCCAGAGACUUCGGUUCAGCUCGUGCCAUCGAGUCCCACGGAGCAGGAACCACCUCCCUUGCAUCUCACAAAACUCGUCCAGUCGGCCAAGCGUCCUCAGCGCAAGGGGCGUGUCCGGGAGACUCCCACCAGAGGUCCCUCUGUGCCGCGAACCUCGAAUGCGGCGCACGUCACCAACGAACUGUUGAACCUGAACUCCACGCUCCUCUCGCAAUUCGAAUCAAACCCAGCCGACGCCCUCAACGAGGCGCUUCUCGCAAUGCUGAAGCAGCAGCAGGAAGCCAAGGAGCAGCGCAGCUCGCGUCGCCGUCGCAGUGCUUCCAACACCGUGGUGAACCUGGAGGACAUUGUGUUGGUGGAACCACAGCCACCCUUGGAUCUGGAGCCAACUCCAUCGACUGUCGUGCGUCCGGAGGCCACGGCCUUAAGUCGUCGAGCUGCACCUCCAGCUUCCACCCAACCAACCCCAGUAACCAGGCCCAUCGUGAAGAGGCGCAAAACUGUGAUUCAGUCUUUGAAACCGUCGGACACCCCAACACCCAAUAAUGGAGAGGCGCCUAAGAUGGCUAAGAACACGUCAAAGCAAGUGGACCCCACGGACGCCCAGGAACCGGAAAAGAACGCCCCCGAGGUGGAGGUGCAUAGCGAGGAGGAGCAAGCCGUUGAACCGUCCCAGGCCCCGUCAAGCACCGUUCCGGAAGCCACCAAUAAUGAUAUUGAUGCCGCAGAGGAACAGCUCGAGGCUGCGUCGGAGGUGGCCUCGGAUAACGCGGAAACCGAAGGCAAUAGCAAGGGCGGGCCUGGCAGUCGCAAGUCGGAGGUGAAGGCUGUGCUCGGCCAGAAGCUUCUUGAGGCGAUUGGCCUGCCGCAGCUGGGUAAGGAUGUGGCGCCGGAGAGCUCACGCGACAGCCUGCGCAGUGCCCUGAAGCGCUCCCUGAAGCAGGCUCAGGAGCAGCAGCAGCAGAUGAAGCGCACCAAGCACGAGGAGCCGGUGAAGCAACUGGCCGAUUCCACUACCAAGCCAAGUGCCGCAGAGUCGGCGGACGAGCGGAAGAAGGCGAUUGCAGAGCGGGAACUGGCGCUGCUGAAGCGGAAAGCGGCAGAGAAUCCCAAGCCCGUCCCUAAAGAUGAGAAAUCAGAGCGGACCGAUGUGAGCUCAUCCUCCUCGCGGAACCGCCGGAACCGCAAAUCGAAGACGGAUGGAGCUGGGGAGGAUUCUGGGGACGAGGAGAAGAAGAGCGAGCGCUGGGACGAUGACGACGAGCUGCCGCUGAAGGCGGACGGCGAGAAGGGUCCUGAGGAGCGGAGCAGCAGCAGCAACAGCAACCGGCCCACCCGAGCGAGCAAGACCCAGUCCAAGUAUUACAAGGGACCGUCCCUCAAGUCGCAGCACUCCAUGGGAACGCGCUCGACACGCCAGCGCUGAGAGCCACCUGCCCUGAGGAUUUAUUUCCCAUAUGAAAUAUGUGAAACUAUUUUUGGACAAUUAGCCAUUUGUAGCAUAAGGAUUUCGAGCAGUCUGUGUACAAUGUACACGCGAAUCUAAGCCUUAAGUAUCUACGCGUUUAAGGACUGAAGUCGGUGCUGUGCUGACGGAAAAUAGUUCAACUGUUGGAGAAGUCAGGCAGUCCUAGACCCGGAGGAUCAUGUACAUGUACAGAAAAUCAUGUUUAUUAUAAGAGAAGCCUUGGAGCUAUGUAUACCUUAAAUGCGGAGGAAUCGCAAUUUAGUUUUCCUUUUCUGAAGUUCUUCAUUAUUAACUCUUAUGUUCACUUGAAGUUUAUUAUUUAGUUUUAUGCCUUGAAUAUUACACACCAUCUUAGGAUAGAAGAGUAUCUCGUAAGUCUGUAAACUGAACAUACAUUUUCUUGUCCUGUAUAUGGAGGAAAUACACCACUAGUUUAAAAUGUUGGAACAAUUACAAAGAA